AUGGAUUCCUUUAUAACAGUAAAGACAACCCUCCAACAUAUGUCCGAGUCGGCGUUCAUGGGACUUUGUGAUAAACUUGGAACUUCACAACUUGUGGCCAUGAGAAGAGAUGUGGUGGACAUCAGGGAUAUGGUGGAAAAUCAAAGGAGAACAAGAGAUGAGGUUAGUGUGAUGGUGAGUGGAAGCUACAGAGAAGGGUUCAGACUGGAAGGAUCAGAUGUAGACUUUAUGUACUGGCCAAAUGAUCACCGUGUGAUCUGGGAAUUGUCUCAGUCUCAGUAUUACAACACACACAGACAAUCACUGAUCCUCUGUGACUGUUCUGAUAGUCCACCAGGAUUCACUUUGUUAUAUUUACUGUCACCAAGCAAGAACAGGAGUGUCCAGAGAGCUUGUGUAAGAGUUAAUAACAGGCUUUAUGUCUCCAGUUCAGAAUACAGAAAGAUUAUAUGUUCUGCAUUUUUACCUGACUCAAUUCCUCAUGGACCAUGUGUCAGUGGAGUUCUUUCAGGGGGAGCAGAAUAUGAUUUCGCCCACUGUUUUGUUAGUGACUUUUGGCCUCCAUCUGCCUCCUCGUGGAUAGACAGAUGUCACUCAUGGCCCCAGUCUCAUAUUGUUGAUGAUAUAGUGAAAAAUGGAUGUCACUUUGUAGCAAUUGGACAUAAACUAGGACGUCUUGAAGACCAAGAAUGGAGAAUUUCUUUCUCUUUUGCAGAACAUAGACUUGUGUGUGCUAUGAAUCACUGUCAAUUCUUAACGUAUGGCUUGCUUAAAUUGUUUUUAAGAGAAAUAAUUCAUUAUCGGUUAAGUGAUGAUCAUGAUAAAUUACUGUGUUCCUAUCACAUGAAGACAGCAGUUUUUUGGGCGAUUCAACAGAAUACAUUACAACACUGGUGUCCACAAAAUCUCCUGGGAUUUUUCUGGGUUUGUUUUAAACAAAUCCUUAAGUGGGUGUAUGAGGGGGUCUGUCCCAACUUUUUCAUUCCCCAAAAUAACAUGUUUCUGAGUAAAGUCAAUGGUGAAACCCAGCAUCAUCUAUUUAUAAGAUUGCAUGGAUUAUAUGAGAAGGGUUUAACAUUUCUGCUACACAGUUCCUCCAUUAGGUCCUGUAUUAUAAAUGUCCUUCUCAACCCCCACCUCUCCAUCUGUACAGAUGAACAUACUCUGAUUUCUGAGACCAAGUUUGAUACAGAGCUGUUUCAAGAGAUAUACAAAUUUGACACACUUUCCUCAUCAAACCUAGAAACCUAUAUGAAAUAUCUACAUACAAUAGAACUAUUGAUAGACUCACCCCUCCUAACACAGUAUCAAGUCCUGAUGCUACAGACACUUACAGCUACUGUUCUUCAGAAUAUUCCUUAUAUAUUACACAUAGAAACUUACACACAUAAAAACAAACUGAAAUACAGAGUUGACAAAAUGUCCUGUCACAUGUUGAAAUUAGCAGCCAAGUUUGGUUGUAUUACUGACAUGAUAUACAUAGCCAUGUAUUAUUACAAGACACGUAGAUACAUGGAAGCUUUAUCUAUUAUAGAGAUGAUCAAGGUCAAGUUUGCUCAGCCAUAUGUGAUGUUCAUGUUUGUAGAUACGGAGAUGUAUACUAGGGCUGUAGGGGGACAGUCCCGGUCUGCAAAAAUGAGACAGGCUGUAGCAUGGGAUAUCACACUUAACAAUGGAAUCCAUUAUAUCAGUGAAUUGAUAUCAGAACAAAUGUCUAGUCUACAGAACUACAGGCCUUCAUUAUAUGUCCCACAAUUUAUAAUGUUAUACAUGCUCGAGAUCUUUUGCUACAGAUACAUACACACAAUGAGAGCACAAACAGCUCUAGAUGAUCUACAGACCCUAGUUCACUAUGAUCAGGGACAGCUUAUAAAUUCAGAUUACAGAGACAUAUCGUGGCAGAUUCUGGGGAUCUGUCAACAGGUGACAGGGAACCUCCAGGCUGCUCUAUACUCAUACCAACAAUCUCUCGGACAAGAAUCGCACAACGGAAUUCAAACAGCUACAGAAAUUAGAAUACAAGAAUACCUCAGGGUGCUUCCACAUAAG